UGGGAUUUUUUAAUGUUUAUUUUUAUAUUUAUGGGGGUCCUUCAAAUCUCGCCUAAUGCACCCUGACAUGCAGCAUACUGCAUACAGCUGCCCCUGAUAUUGCCUGAUUUUAUUUAGAUUUUGAUAAAUGCCUGACAGUGUUGACAAAAAGUGAGGACACAACAUUGAAACCUUAAAAAAGAAGCAUGUGCCACUGAAAAAUAAAUCUUUUACUUGCAUAGGAUAAUAUUAAGUGUUUUUUAAACUGAAACUACUUUUUUUGUUCAUAUAAUGAACUUCUGUAUACACUUGACCCCUCUCUGUGGACACACUGUUUCUGAUGUAUUUAGAAGAGACUUUGCUGUAAACAUUUAAUGUAACAAUGAUAAAUUCAAAUUGAAGGGAAUAAUUGUGUUCAAUACAUUCUAAUAUUUACUCAAAAAGACAUCAACAGUAGAAAAUUAUUUUAAUUUUUAAAAUAAUAGCUGCUACAUGUCGGACAGGUUUUGUCCCAACCCCCGAGAAUCAGUGGACUAACAUACAGUUUAUUCAUCUUAUUAAUGUCUUUACGGAAGUUUAGGUGUAACUUAAGCACGAAAUAGACAUAUUUUAGUUCACAAAAUUCACACUUUAGGACUGAAGUUCAUUAAAUUUGUCUUAAACUCUUUAAACUCUACACGCUCAAAGCCUCGUAGUAUUGUAUCACCAUGGAAACAAAAAGGCCUCUCAUACCGGAUGCAGUUCCGACUCCAUCAGUUGAACUUCCGGGCGAAACAUUGUGCAUGAAGAAAAAUCUGCUUUGCAAAUUCAUUUGGACCAACUUCUUGACCAAACUAGCUUUGUAAAAUGUCCCGAGGGUCGAGUGCGGGGUUUGAUCGACACAUCACCAUCUUCUCUCCUGAAGGAAGGCUCUACCAAGUCGGUCAGUCGAUGAUUAUGUUCGGACAAAAGCCGGCUCCAGGGGCUAACUUGUUUGCUAGCAGGCUAAAUGCUCUGUCAUGGUUCGCGUAGCUGAGCUUAAAAGAGAGGAAUAAAACUCAGAGGAAGAGAAAGAAGAGUUAAAUAUGGGGGUGAAAGUUGAACUUAUGAAGAGGUGGUUGUUAGUUUUCUUGUAUUUUACCUCAGCGGUUCAGAAAAGCGCGAACAAACCUGCAGUUGAGUUAGCAUCAGAGUCAAAGAGGCUGAUUCAUGACUGAGACUGAAAUCAUCUUAUUCAGAGAAAUAAUGCUCUCCUUCUCUGUUAGUUUGAGUUUUUAUCAUGAUUUUAUAAUAAUUUUAUCAUACUGAAUUUCACAUGUACACAGAUACGUAUAUUAAUGCACUAAAUACUGCAUUGUUAUGAGUUAAAGGGACAGUUCACCCUAAAACAAAAAACACUAAUGCUGUUUCUAUGAUUUAGUAAGAUUUUUUUUGCUGGACUGACGGUGAACAGAUGAUUUGAACAAAAAAUAAAUAAACAUUUUGAAGCUUUAUUAAAGUAUAGUUCAUGGUAAAACUGCUGUAUUGAAUUGUAUUAGUUUGUCCAGGUGAUUUAUAAUGUUUUGACUGACCAGUGUACAUUCCCAUUAGAAACCCUACAUAUAGACCCAACAAACAUUUGUAGACCACAUUGAUAUGGCAUCACUGAUGACUGAUUACCUAAUUGUUAGAUUGAGGGGAUAAUCUGGUGUAAAUCUAAUACAGGAUCAAACACACAUUAACACCGAGUUAGACACCCCCUCAAGAGAUGAAUGUUGCUGACCGCUUGCUUCUUAAGAUUCAAAAAGUUGCGAUAUUACCCCACCGACCAAUCACAAAGCCCCUGAUCUGUGUUGUUUUAAUGCAUAAUUAUAUUAGUAAAUUGGUGCAUAUUUGGCUAUGCAUGCGGGAUUCUGCAAAGAGCUACAGAAACCCUCAGUGUACACUUUUGCACAGUCUUAUGUCAGACCUCUAUGUAAAGCCUAAGUUACUUAAAGGGAUAUUCUGGUGUAAUAUUAAUUUAGGGUCAAACACACUGUAACACUGAGUUAGACACUCCCUGCAGAGAUGAAUUUUGCCGACCGCUUGCAUCUCCAGUUUUACCAACUUUAGUAACGACCACAGGAUGCCACUCUAUAGCCACAAAUAAUGCUCAGAGCAGCACCUAACUUCAUCAAUAGGACAUAUAGGGCCCCAGCCACAGUAUUAGCCACCAAACAUCUUUUUAACUUUGCCUGAUUUCUUUAGCAAAGAGAUUAAACACAACUCACCUACUCUCUUCCAGCAGCCGCUUGUUUGUAGCGAGACCUCAGGCCAGUCCAUUACAGACUACAGCGGAGUUUCGCAGCUCAAGGAAGAACAUCUAUGAUCAUUUCUUGAUGGAAAUGCAAUCAGACCAAGACGAUAAGGCAGAAGAACUACUGCGUCUGUAGUGAAAAAUUAUUAUUAUUAUUAUUACUUUAAGGAAAUAAUAAAGAAAUGAUCACAAAUGUUCUUCCUUUAGCUGCGUCACCUCAAUGUAGUCCAUAAUGGACUGGCCUGAGAUUUCUGUACAAACAAGCAGCUGCUGGAAGAGAGUAGGUGAGUUGUGUUUAGUCUCUUUCUAAACAAAUUAGUCUAAGUUAAAAAGAUCUUUGGUGGCUAGUUCUAUGGCUGGGACCCUAUAUGUACUGUUGAUGAAGUUAGGUGCUGUUCUGAGCAUUAUUUGUGGCUAUAGAGUGGCGUUUUGGUCGGUGUGUGACUCCUCAGACCGCUGUGUAUUGCUAUCCUGCGGUCAUCGCUAAAGUUGGUAUAACUAGAGAAGCAAACGGUCGGCAACAUACAUCUCUCAAGGGCGUGUCUGAGUUGGUGUUAUGGUGUGUUAGACCCUAACGCCAGAAUAUCCCUGAUAUUGGCUGAUAAAGCUGAUAUUGGUAUUUUACAACAGCUUGAGGAUCACCGAUAUGAGCUGAUCGACUCUCACUGAUCAGCUGUUGUAAACUGAAAACAGUUUGCUUCAAAACCCAAAUGCACGCUGCGACUAAAACUCAGCAACUUUGGGGAGAGCUAAAACAGCCCAUUGGCAACUUGCAAAAUACACAUCAUGAUUAUCUGAAGAGUUGGGAGCUGCAGAGCUGCUGUGAAAGGCUGCUGCACCAAAGCAACAAACUAAAAAAACUUAAAAGAUGGACCUAAAAAAUUACAGAGAAUGUGGUUGAAUUAGUUGCUUUGGAGAACCGCCCAUCUCUGAGGUAGAGAGUGCACCUGUUUGUCGUCUUAUGCAACUUUAGCAUCCAUGGUAUGCCCUCACUGCACUUCACUUCGUGUUAGCGCAGGCAGUAUUACAUAAACAUUCUACCAUACUGGGUAUAAUUGUGUUUUUUGGGGGGGAAUUGUUCAACAAUGUCGGUUUCAGCUCAGGACAUCUCUUAUUGAAUUUGUUUUCUUAACUCUUAUGAGAAUUAAAAACUUGUGUUUAGCUCUGUUAUCAGGACAAAUCCAAGUAUCAGAUCAGGACAUGGUAUUUGCAGAUGAUAUAUCUUUUUAUGAAUUAGAUCAGGAUCAGAGAAAGCUGAUUAAGAUGUUCCUGCUGAUAACAGUUAUUCCCUUGUUGCUUCAAUUUCCUGUUGUUGGACACAGUUGUACAAAAUGACUCAAUUGCUUAAAAUCACUGAAAGCUCUGCUUGUUUUUUUUUUCUGACUUCCGAACAUUCACGCUGUCCCCAGCUGGACAGAGACGCUCUAAGAUGCUAUCUUGUGUUUCUCGUUUGCAGAAUAUGCUUUCAAGGCCAUCAACCAAGGUGGACUUACGUCAGUAGCUGUCAGGGGGAAGGACUGUGCGGUCGUUGUCACACAGAAAAAAGUACCGGUGAGUUGACAUCAGCUGUGUGUGUUUCAGUCGGGCCCUUUUUUUUUUUUUUACAUAGAGAUUCCACCACAGCACUGAAACAAAGCUCUGCUGUUACCAUGCCUUUCUUUACUUUUACACUGAGUCACACAACAGCGAAAUAUCACGGCCCCGCUGUGUGACUUUAAACAGCGUUAGAGCGUCAACUUCACACGCACAGACAGUGCUGUUCUGCCUUCCAGCUCUGAUGAGUCCACAAACAAGUUUCGCCUCAGUUAGGAUCUUUGUUACGUCCUGCUUUUCUCAGCUCAGAGGGAUUACAUCCCACCACCACCCCACUUCUGUGAAUAUUACGCAGAUGGAAACAGAGCCCCCACAGUCUGUCUUCAAAAUUAGGCUUCUGUGAUAAUCAUCCUGCGCUUAUGACACUUGUUAUGUUAUUUACACAUGAAAAAAUUUUGCUUUUAUUUCAGCUUAACUUGGUCGGAAGCAGUGUGAAAUCAAUUAAUGAAAGAAAUGCUUAAUGAGUUGCCGUAAUUUCUUACUGCUAAGGAAUCCUUGUAUACUGGGAAAUGAUGUAACAUUUAGGAGGUAAACCAGGGUCUUUGAAAACUGAAUGUUGUUUCAAGACUCCAAAGGACAGUGUAGAGUUGUGAAAUUUGUCUUACUGGUUGUAGAAAGACUUGUUUUUGUAAAGUAAGGAUGUGAUUCUGCCAGAAGUAUCUUAAUAUCCGUGAGGAUGUUUAUUUUUGUGUGUCUGAUUUUUCCUCUCUCUUAACAGGACAAGCUCCUGGACGCCGCCACAGUGACCCACCUUUUCAGAAUAACAGAUAAUAUUGGAUGUGUAAUGUCUGGGAUGACAGGUAAGAAAGAGACUUUAAAGUGUUGUAACUUAAACCUGGCACCUGAUAUUUGCUAGAUAUCGAUAUAUAUAUAUCGCUGUGACAAGAACAGAAAUCUUCCCUCUGUCUCACUCUCUCAUGUCUUCCAGCUGACAGCAGGUCCCAAGUUCAGCGAGCCCGCUAUGAGGCAGCCAACUGGCAGUACAAGUACGGCUACGAGAUCCCAGUGGACAUGCUGUGUAAGAGAAUUGCUGACAUCUCGCAAGUCUACACACAGAACGCUGAGAUGAGACCACUUGGCUGCUGUAAGUGUGUUUACUGGUUUGGAGCUAAGUGAAUCAGUGCAGUUGCGUGUUUGGAUAUUAAAAAAAUAUAUAUAUAACCUUUGUUUUGUCUUCUGAUGCCUGCAGGUAUGAUAGUGAUCGGUGUAGACGAGGAGUACGGCCCCCAGGUGUACAAAUGCGACCCUGCAGGGUACUACUGCGGCUUUAAGGCCACAGCUGCAGGAGUGAAGCAAACAGAAGCCACCAGCUUCCUGGAGAAGAAAGUGAAAAAGAAACUGGACUGGACCUUCGAACAAACUAUUGAGGUACAAACUAAAUCUCUUAGCGUGCAGGUGGAGAAGCUUCAAGAACAUGAAAGUGAAAGUAAACUUUUACAGCUGUUUGGUUUGAUUACGUUUAUAACUGUUAUUAUGAUGUCCCACGCAGAUUCGAUUUAUGAUAGCAAAGAUAAACGAUAAACCCUCUCUUGUCUUCCUUUUAGACGGCAAUCUCCUGUCUGUCAACUGUUCUCUCCAUCGACUUUAAGCCCUCUGAGCUGGAAGUGGGCGUGGUCACAACACAGGAGCCAAAGUUCAGGUAAAAAAAAAAAACAGCACCGAACUUAAAUAGUAAUUUUUGCUUUUUACGGUUAUUUUAGUCAUCAAAAAGUGAUUCCUGAUUAGAUUUAGCAGAUUAUGUCCGUGUGUUGAGGUGCAGACUUUCACCUUGGGUCAAGAAUUACAUCAGCUAAUGUCAAUUAGUUUCAUUCUCACUCAUAUAUCAGAGCUGAAGCUUUAACUGCUGGUUAUUUUCAUCAUCAGUAGAUUGGCCGUCAUGUUGGGACAUCAUGUUAAGAAAAGGGAAGUUCUCUGGAAGCCUCAUGUUUACAUUUCUGUCUAAUUUUACAUCAUGACAUUGAGCCAACUGCUUAAUACUGUGAAAGGAUCACACUUUCAUUAUCCUGUCAGACUGCUGUAUUCUUUUAAAUCCUGUUUUGUUUUUAUCUCGGCGAGUUAAUUUCCCAGAAACAGAUUGCCGGUAUGUAGGUAAGACGUGUCAUCCUGAAACCAGAGUAAGACUUAUAAAGAUGAAGAUAAGACCACCACCAGUGUCAUGGUUUAAAGAUACUCCGAGGAGCUUUAAACAGGUUGAGAAACAGAGUGAAACUGAUACCGACGCCCUUUUAUGACCUUCAGAAGCAAACAAGACCAUCAGGGACGAGGACUGCUGAUCAUUUGGCCUUUGUGAUUAGAGCUCAGGUUUCAGACGGCAGCCUUUUUAACACUUUUCCUUGGCAGUAACUGAAAAUACGGUCUGACCUUUCCCCUGAUUUUCACCAUCUGUUGUCUUUGUGGACGCUGAUUAAUCAAGAAGCUGUAAAAUGACUGCAGAGUGUUAGACUAUCAGGGUUUAAAGCACAAUAGUAAUAAUACAUGUUCACUUUAUACGAGUUUCCCACACUGGGCCUGACCUCAUGCCAGGGGGACGAUGGUUUAUUAAUGCGUUGGUAUUUUUUGUGUUUUUAUCAGUGAAUUCUUUUGAUAUGACUCUAAAAUAGUCAUUUUUAUUUCCCUUCAAAGCUCUUUUAUCCGACCUGAAGUUAGGAAGUUUAUCUCCUUUCUUUUUAUGGCCAAAAAAAAUCAUUUCUGCUCAAAUAUGAGAUGCCGAUAACAGCAUGUAUCCGGGUUUUUGCUUGAAUUUUUCACACCUGGUCAGCCAGCAAGUCGAUAAAUCAGUCAGUGCAGAUUUGGACAGGGUUAAAUGUAUAUAAAGUCCCACUCUGAUCGUUUUAUUUUUUACUACUCAAAGUGUUCUCAGUGGUUUUGAAAUUGUGAUUCUGAAGUUUUUAGCCAAAAUCACGUUACCUGUGUCAUUUUCUGCAGAGCUCCAGUAGCUCAUUAGCAAUUCGCCUCUGAGUCGUGGAUGGAGACAGCGCUGCUCUGCACACUUCUCUUCACGCUAGCUUGCUCGAGAAAACCGAAUUAUUGCCUUACUCCUAUUUAGACCGGACAACUGAAGUGCCUGAGUUUGAGAACUAUGAUUAAGACACCCAGAUAAUGCGAUUGGAAUUCGAUUUUCUCUACCAUGUAACCAGUGUAAUCGGAGUAUGAUGGAACAAUCAAACACCAGAGAAGAGAAGUAGCGUGCACCUCAUCUGCAGAAUAUGUAGCGCAUACAUCCUGUACAACAAAAACAACGCUGUACGAUGCUCCAUCUUCUUGCUCCAAAAUGCCCGGCAGCAGAUGAAGCCACUUCUGACGUCUGGCACGGACCUGCUGUUGUUGUUGACAGUUGUCUGAGGUUCACCAGAAACAGCGCCACUGAAAAGACCCAUGUCGACCCCUUCUUUUGGGGAGGAGGACACGUCCACGUCAAUAAUUCCUCAAUAAUUCCGUCCUCAGCUGCAUGUAUACGCGGACAAGGAGAGAAGUCCGAUUCUGCAAAUAAAAAAACAAAUUAUGAGCUUCAUCUGAUUAAGCUGUGCAUGUAAACGCACUGGAUGUCUUUAGGGACAUGAUGAAAGUUAAUAUCACAAUUAGUUUUCGUAUGAGCAUUGCAAUCCACUAACCCACACGCUUCUUCGGCGAUCAUCCUCUCUGUUUCUCUGAGUCUGGUCUGCAUAACAGGGCUCUGGGGGUGGAGCUUGGAUUUGUGAUGUAAGAAAUCUCACUGUGUCUGAGCCUGCUGAUUUGGUCUGCAAUCCACUCACAGCAAUUUGAAUGCAGAAAUACUCAGAAAUGCAAUUUUGCACUUCUUUCUCUCAUAUCAUGUCCUGUAGAAUCAGAAAAAUGCCGUAUGAACAUGUUGACAUCGAGAAAAACAGGAUUUUCCUCAGAGCGGGUCUUUAAAUGUUUCGAUAACUGACUCACCGAUCCCGUCUUCUCCUCCAGGAUCCUGACAGAGACUGAAGUGGACACCCACCUGAUGUCCCUGGCGGAGCGGGACUGAGAGAUGCAGAGAUGCUUCACCUGUUGGACUAAGAUAGAGCAUGAUGGGAUAUGAAGUUUCCAGAAGGAGACUGGUGUUAUCUUUGUUUGCUGUACAUUUACCCCACUGUUUCAUUCAACAAUAAAAAAAAAAGUUUUUGGAGUAAAAUAACAAACGUCUUUGUCUGUUUUUUCUUUUUAUCCACAUGGAGUAGUCGGCAUAUUCAAGUGUUCAAAUAUAUAUAGUAUGUUUGCGUUUGUUUUGUCAGCUGUGUUUUCAUCUGUCGGUUGUAUUUAGCAGCAGGGGAAACAUUUCUGGGAACUCGAGCGAGCGCAGAGUUCUACCUCUGAGCUUCCUGUUGUGGCUGAUAGUGCUCUAAAAUCACAUGUCACACUGAGGAGCUACAGAGAGGUAGUUUUACUACACGCUGAUGCAGACCAGAUUUGACCUCAUUUUCUCAACAUUUUGGCACAUGUAAAAUGUCAGAAAUAGACGACUUCAACCACCGGAAACAUCCUACUACACAUUUAGUUUCUCUUUGCAAAGGGGAAAAACUGUUUCCCUUGAGAUCUCAGAAUGGUUUUUAUAAAAGCUGACAUACGGCCUCUCGAGUGUGUGUCAGGGGGGAAACAGUGGCGAAGAAUUCUGGUCAAUGGCCUCCUUAAGUUAGACCCAUACAAGCACUCAAACCAUCAGCAAAUAUCUCGAGAUAAUCAGCACGUCAUUCUUAGUUUCUCUGAGACCGUUUCCCAUCAGCCGUGUUGAUUCACCUCUUUCCUGCACUUCUCUCUCGGUUUUUUUGCAGGUAUGACAGAAAGAGGAAUCCAGCUGCAGCGUGCGUCUUCGUCCUUAAAAAAAAAUGCAGAAAUAAUCUCCAGGACUUUCUGCUUGGAUGACUGUUUAAAGCCUCAGUCUCUUAUGUAACUUCCACCGUCAUGAAAAACAGCGACAGUUAAGUCCUUGGAAAAUUCCCCCUGCAGUCCAGCACAGGUAAACAUCUCUGUUAAUGUUUAGCACCUUUGUGGACGAUUACAGGCUGGCUUCGGUAGUUUACACUGCUAUUAAAGAUAAUCGUGCAGGGGACAUUUUGUCAGCAGAGAUUAUAUGCUGGCUCCAGGCGUGUUUUAUUGUGGUAAUCAAAUCAGAAGGGGAUUCCUUUUUACAUGUGCAGGAAUUACAAUCCAAUAUAAAAAACAAAUUUAUGAAGCCCAAUUCAAGA